GCCAAGGUCCAUACAUAUCUCUUGGAACCUACCUUGUCAGCAGCAGGGUAAGGGCAGCUUUGCUCUCACAACACUCUUAGUGCCUAGUGUUUAGUUACAGUGUAAUUCCUGCCUAGUAACCCGUUCUUUGUUCUGUGUGUUGUGACCAUUAACUGGUAACAGGUAACCGGUUCCUUGAAGCAGGUUAAUCGGUAACCUGUGAUCGAUACGUGUGUCGCGAAACCUUCAACCAGUGCGAGCGUGAACGGCAAACAGUUUUCGGGAAAAUCACCACAUUCAAGACUGUCCCCGAAGCAGCUCACCAAAAUGCAGCAACUGCCAAGGAAAUCAUGUUGCAUCUUACAGAUCAUGCGAACACAGGCAGAAUCUCAUAACGAGAACGAGAAGAGAAAAAUGGAGAAAGCAGUAGCCAAACAGAAAACAUCACCCGCUAACGACAGGCUUCCCACCACUGUCCCUCCAAGAUCAAGUAGAAUGGCGACUACAGAUACAACUUACUCCUCCUUCUUACAGCCCCUCAAUCCAUCUACUAUACCAGAAACAGAAGAACAUUCCCUACUAGCUGAAACAUCACCACCACCGAUGUUCAUGCUUUCCAUAAUAAACGAAACCAGCU